GGAGAUGGUAGGGACAGUCACUGGUGCGUCGUCCAUUGGUGCCGCAGUAGCUGUAGAAUAGCUUCCCUGGUUGCCGGCAGAAUAGUCGGGUGUGGUGACGUUGGCCACAUCCAGGGCCUACAAGCUCUACUCUUGUGAACUUGAAGCACGAUUUUAACUCGCGCCCGUCGGGGUGAUGGCGCUACUGUCACUCCUUUCGCGCCAUUGAGUUCAUAAUCUGUGUACGUUUAUUCUAUGGUGAACGCGCUCGGCAAAAUUUCAACUCCAUAUGGUCAUAACGUGAUAGCGAGUGCAUGUAAGUGCAUGGUGCAAGUAAGUGCUGUGUGCUGCUGUGUGCUGUCGGUUCUGCGAUAGUGUUUUUAGUUCACACCGAUUAUGGAUAAUAAUAAGAGGUCCCACAAAAAAUGUGCUGUACUGGGGUGUACAAACACCAGGCAGCCGAUGUUCAGCUUCCCCUGUCUGCCAAAAGGACAGUGAUAGAUGUUUAAAAUGGCUUGAAGCUUGUGAAACGGAAGAUCUAUUCCAACUCUCUCCCAGCCGGUUGAGAAAUCGAGUGGUUUGUGGGGACCACUUCGAAAUUCAUUACCGCGUUGGAUCAAAGCUUACAAGUCAUGCAGUACCAAGCUGCAACUUACCAGCACCUACCACAUCUAUCGAACAACAGGAGGAACUUGUAAUGGAAAUUGAAGAAGAAGAAGAACAUCAACCAGUGCUCACCGUUGGAUACCAGGACAACGUGGGACCCAAGGACAACGUGGGACCCAAGGUCAGCGUGGUACCUAAGGACAACGUGGAACCAAUGGACAACGUGGGACCAAUGGACAACGUGGGACCUGGGACCAGCAGAGACUCCGACGCACUUGGCUAUAAUGUGCUCCCUGGAUCAUCCAGAGGUUGCACUGUCAAAAGGAAUCAAGUUCAACCAGCUAUCAGGAAAGGCCUUAAAGAUGACAUCCUGAAAAUGAUUAGGUCGAGCAACUUGACCAAACCCAGAAGCUCAAGAUCUACAAGACUGUGGCUAGGAUUUUGAAAUCUGCGAGGCAAUUGUGGCGUCGGAGAUCUUCAGGUGUCCCAGAACUCCUGUAAGAACCGGAAAUGGAGGGUAGCUGACACGAUUUUGAACAACAAUUUCUUUUGCAAAAAUGGCUGUUGGGGCUUCAUUUUUCGUUA